CUCCUGGUUCAGCCUUGUCUUCAAAGUAAGAGAAGGGAGCAGGCCCCAGAUUUUCUAGGCUGUAAUCUGUUUUGAAGGCUAAGCUCUACAAAUUGAUGCCUCUUUCCAUGGUGAUGGCUCAGAAGAUUCUUGUGCAAACAAAUGAUUCCUCUCACCAUUCAUAGAAUUUAUAAGAAAACUUGAAGUUUUCAGGAUUAGCAUUGACCAAGCAGACAGAAUUCAUUCUGUGGGAAGCUGGUGGUGAGAAGAGCUCGAGGAGAUGAACAAGGGGGUAUGCAAGACACAGAUGGUUCACCAUCACAAAGCUAGCAGUCUACAAGGAGACAGUAAAAAAAAUCAAACCACUUCCUAUCGUGGAAUCCAAACCACAAUGGCAGCCCAGUACCUCAGUGAACCCAGGAGCAGCCAUGGGCUUGCAAACUCCGGAGAUUCCCAGCUGAGACUUGUCUUAGUGGGUAAGACUGGGGCAGGAAAAAGUGCAACAGGAAACAACAUCCUCAGAAAGAAAGUGUUUCUGUCUAGCUUUUCUGCUGUAUCCAUCACCAAGCACUGUGAGAAAGGAAGCAGCACCUGGAAGGGGAGAAUUGUCGUCGUCGACACACCUGGCCUUUUUGACACGGAGGCCCCAGAUGCUGAGACUGUCAAGGAGAUUACCCGCUGCAUGGUGCUGACCUCCCCGGGGCCUCAUGCUCUGCUCCUAGUCAACCCACUGGGCCGUUACACUCUGGAAGACCAGAAAGCCACAGAGAAGAUCCUGACGAUGUUUGGAGAGAAAGCUAGGGAACACAUGAUUCUCUUAUUCACCCGGAAAGAUGACUUAGACGGCAUGGAUUUCCAUGAUUACUUAAAGAAAGCUCCUACAGCCAUCCAAGAGCUGAUUCGUGAGUUCAGAAAUCGCUACUGUGUUUUCAACAACAAGGCCACAGGAGCUGAACAGGAGGACCAGAGGGAGCAGCUGCUGGCCCUGGUCCAGGAUGUGGUGAACAAGUGCAAGGGGAGAUACUACAUGAAUAGCCAGUAUCAGAAGACCGAGGAGGAGAUUCAGAAGCAAAUCCAAGUGUUACAAGAAUAUUACAGAGCAGAGCUUGAGAGAGCGAAAGCUCAGAUAAAACAGGAGUUCAAAGAGGAAAUCAGAAAGCUGAAGGAUGAACUAGAACAGCAAGAGCAGAAGGUGGAAAUGGAAAGGCAAUUGGCAGAAAGGGAAGCUUACUGGAUUUCAAGGCAGCAAAGAGCCAGAGAUGAUGUUUUGAGUCAGAAUAAGAUACUUGAAAUCAUCCUUAAUGGGUUACGAGUUUUUUUCCUCUCUGUUUAAGGAUUAAACUUCAUGAAAAUCUGUCUAUAUUUCCUGCAUAUUUUUGGGUGGUCCUGCCCCAUGUAACUCAGAGAAUUCUCCUUUUUCUCUGAGACUCUCAGGGCUAAGGAGAGUAAGUUCAAUAUUGAUAAUUGGUAUAUGUUUGAUUGAUUUGACAAGGAAGGGAUAAAUUCUCAACUUGUGAAACUCUGAAGCAGAAAGUAUUGAUGCUCCCUAUUUAUGAAUUCUUUCUCAGAGACACCAAGACAGAGAAUGCAGGAGACCAAAGAAGAUGGCCCCGAGCUUUCUCUCUUUAUCCCUAAAAGAGAUUUCUCCUCUAGAUUCUUUCUAGAUUGGUGGGUGAUCUUCUCCUACAGCUUUUCUUGCUGGGAGCCAGUGUGAGGA